AUGCCACGAGUUCCUGAGCCGUGGGAGACUCGUGAUUGUAACAUCGAUGCUCUUCCAGUCCAAAGACACUGGCAGAUGAAGGAGGACAUGUUGAACAUCGCCCGUGCAAACGACGACAAGCUCAGAACCGCUACGGGCUUGUCUGGGCAUUCUGUUCCUGCCAACGCCGCAUGCCAUCUACUAUUCAACUUGUGGGAUGGACGGCUCCCUUGCAACACGGAUGCUACGUGUACAGCAGCGGAUAAGCCGGAUGCCGAGGAACUGCAGGUCGCCGUGAGACCUCUCGACGAUUCCGAGCGUGAGCGUGGGCGUGGGCGUGAUCCGGAGGAGGCAGAAGAGGAUGCCGAUGCCGCCGUGAACUCUGAUGAUGCAAGCCGCAUUGAUAACCUGUGA